AUGGUAGUGAGGGAGAUGGAGAUGGUGGUUUGUAAUUAUAAGGAGAAAGCGGCGAAGGGGAAGAAGGAUGUGAAAUUGAUGGUGAAGGUGAAAGUGUUUGUGUGGGAGAUAGAGAUGGGGAAUUGUAGUUGUAUGGAGAAAGAGGGGAUGGAGAAGGUGGAGGAGAAUGUGAUGGUGAAGAUGGAGGUGGCAGUGAGGGAGAUGGAGAUGUGGGAUCAUAAAUAUAAGGGGGAAGAGGCGAAGACGGGGGUUCAUAAGUAUAAGGUGAAAGAAGUGAUGGAGGAGAUGAAAGUGAAGGUGAAGGUGCUAGUGGUAGUGAUGGAGAUGGAGAUGGGGGUUUGUAAUUAUAAGGAGAAAGUAAUGAUGGAGAAAGAAGAGGUGAAAGUGAAGGUGAAGGUGGAGGUUGUAGUGAUGGAGAUGGAGAUGGGGGUUGGUAAUUAUAAGGAGAAAGAGGUGAAGGCGAAGGAGGAGGUGAAAGUGACGGUGAUGGUGGAAGUGGUACUACAGAAGAUGGAGAUGGGGGUUCAUAGUUGUGAGGAGAAAGUGGUGAUGGAGAUGGAGGAGGUGAAAAUGAAGUUGAAGAUGGAGGUGGUAGUGGGGGAGAUGGAGAUGGGGGAUUGUAAUGAUUAGGAGAAAGA